AUGCAGUUUAUAAAGAGUUUUGAAAAUAUUCAACGGCCUAUCACUCAUACAACUAAAUUACUUAUUAAAUAUUAUGGCUUCAGUGCAGACAAAUCAUCUGAUUGUCCCAGAGAUUGUUCACCUUACCGUGGCUCCAGUCCUGACAAUGAAUCUGUUUGUGCAGAACAUUGUUUACCCGAGUGUCCUCAGGUGAAUAAAGAACCGAACGAAUAUCAAGCUUUAAACGAGAUGUGUCAAGAUAAAUGUAGUGGAUAUAACAAGUAUUCGUUUCAUGACUUUUUGAUUCAGGCUGUUUGCUACAUAGAAGCGCAGCCUUCUAAUAAGGAGUACUUCGAACCAAAAGGAUCACUUAAUAAGCAAAUCAAAAUGGAAAAUAAAACAAAAUAA